UCGUGAGUCAACGGAUUUUCGUGGUCACGUAAUAUCUACUGCCCAACAGUUUGUGCUAGUGUAAUAAACAUCUCUAACUACUUCAGUGAAAAUUGAACCUCUCUAGAAUUUCUCACAGAUUUUAUCAUGUCAUUCGUCAAACAAAUCGGCGAUUUGCAACUCAAUGAAGAGGGCAAUAUUUUCACGUGGGAAAUAACGCAGGAUUUACCAUUGUUAAAAAAACAUAAAGUGGUUGUAUCAGACACAUUCAAUUUCUCUAAUGACGAUGAAAAAGAAUUUCAACUGAAACUAUACCACUGCGCAAAAAACCCUAAUCCAAGCAAUUGCCAAGUUAGUUCGCAUUGUUCGUGUAAAAAUGUUUGGCGUUUAGUUCUACGCUGCAGAAAUAAAGAUUCAUCAAGUUAUCGUUUGAAUUUCGACAUAUCAGUAAUGAAGGAUAAUGAAAUUUUCAGUAGCCGAAAUGAUGAUAUGUUUCGUAUUUCUGACCGUGAUGGUGAAGAGGCAAUUCUCAAUAUCUGUCCUAACUAUGUCCCAGAAUUCAUUUCACAGAAGAAUAAUAUAAAAAUUCAAUGCAAGUUGAAGUGUGAGAUAGACGAUGUGAAUAUAAAGUUAGGAAAAAGAUUUAAUUUCGAGAGAAUGUUUCUCGAUGAAAAAUUCAGCGAUAUUAAGAUACGAACUGCUUCUGAGAAGGAAAUUCCAGCCCAUAGAAUCCUACUGGCUACUGAAAGUCCAGUAUUUGAAGCCAUGUUUACACAUGAUAUGAUGGAAAACAAAUGCCAAUUGGUCGAUAUGGUCGACAUUAGUUAUGAUACUGCAGUUGAGAUGCUACGAUACAUUUACACGGGUAGUUUCAAGACUGAAGAAUUUUCCACGACUACAGAACUUUUGGCGGCAGCUAACAAGUAUCAACUUCAAGAAUUGAAAAUAAAAUGCGAACACUUAUUAGGCUCAAAGUUAUUAACUGAUAAUGUUAUUGACACCCUCAGAAUCGCUGAUGUUCAUGGUGCGGACCUUUUGAAGAAAAAAGCACUUAAUUUUGUGAAACGUCAACUGACAGGGUCACAGACCUUAGAUGAUAUGAGUGAUAUGCUUCUCAGUAAAAAACGAAAGCUGGAAUAAAUUUUCACUUUUCAAUUAUAAACUUUUAUAUUUGUUUAUCGAUGAUAAUAACUUUAUUACGAAUUAAAAAACUCUAUAGUAUAGUAUACGUAUACAACAUGUAUACAACAUGUACGUAUCAUACCCUACAGGAUCAUAUUGGCAUCAGCGAGCUACGAUAGCGUUUCAUAAUUAUUGACCGAACACGCACCAACAAGUACAGCCUGUGCGAACUGCGAAGUAGCGAGGGAGAGGGAGAGAGAUGCACGACGCCACAUCAAGACCUUUGUAAAAGCAUGUGCGCCGAGAGCUUCUAUUUCUUGCCUGUGUCACGAACUCGGGACCACAGAAGAAGAAAGCAAGCGUGCAGACACUCGACACUGUCGAGCGACAAAUCAUAGCACGCGAAGCAACUAGGAGCUACUGUCAAGUGUCAGACGAAGAACUCAUGAUUAUCGCGCUCGCUCGUCCUUCAGUUUUCACGAACUCGCUGCCCGCGAGCCGUAAAGAAGCAUCACAUUAAAAAAAGAUGACUUCUUCAAAUUAACCAUUCAGUUUUCGAGUUCUUUGCUAAACGACACUUACACGACGAUACGUUUUCCCCGAGGCUCGCCACAAUAGUCGCGCGCAGAUGAAACAGAGGCAAAAAAGGAUUUCCUUAUCAGUUCCAGAACGCAAGGGUAGCAAAUCCAGUGACCAGUAUUGACUUGUGCAGCGGUAGUCUGUCGUAGUUAACCAGUGAAUUGCCAUAGCCAUAUAAUAUUUUCAGUUUGGACAAGUGCGAUAACAAUUUGAAUAACUCCAGUGAUAAUAGAAUAUUUUCUAUAACUUCUUCGAAGUGUAACAUGUCUUUCGUCGUCAAACAAAUUGGCAAGUCCGAAAUUAAUACGGAGACCAACAUACUUACAUGGAUGUUAUCGAAGGAUGCUUUAUUGUUGUUGUUAAAACAUAAAACAGUUGUAUCUGGCAUAUUCGAUGUCGAUGUACAUGGGAAAGGUGAAUUAGUAUAUUUUUAUUUAAAACUACAAGAGUGCCAUACUCUUCAAAGUGUGCCUAUAAUUCAGUUCGAGUUCAACCAAGUUUGGCGUUUAUUUCUAUGCUGUACUGAACAAGAAUCAUCAUUUGGUUGUUUAAAGUACGAGAUAUCAAUAUUCAAGGAUAGGGACAUUUUUGACACUCGAACGGAUAAUUGUACAUUUGAUAGAUAUCGUAGUGAAGAACCGAUCUUGAACAUACCUCCAGUCGACAUCGAUAGAUUAAUUACAUCCUCGGCUAAAGUAAAAAUCCAAUGCAAAAUUACAGCCACGGCUACGGAAAAUAUCAACAAUUUUCAAAAUCAAUCUGUAAAUAGGAAUGAAAAGUUGAGAUCAAAAUCAAAUAUCGAGAGAAUGUUUCUUGAUAAAAAAUUCAGUGACAUUUUGCUACGAACAAAAUGCGGAAAGAAAAUUCCAGCUCAUAGGGUCAUAUUGGCUAGUGCAAGUCCAGCAUUUGAAGCAAUAUGUAGUUGCGAUGUAUUUAAAAACGAAGAUGGAUCGGUGGAAAUGAUGAGCGUUAGCUACCAUUCUGCAAUUGAGAUGAUACGAUACAUUUACACAGGUAGUUUCAAUAUUCAAGAUGAUGCCACGACUGCAGAACUUUUGAUGACUGCUGAGAAUUAUCAGCUUCGAGAAUUGAAGAACGAAUGCGAACACAUAUUAGGUUCCAACAUAACAACUGAAAAUGCUAUGUCAGUUCUCCGAUUUGCUGAUAAAUUGAGCGCGGAAUAUCUGAAGGAAAAAGCAGUUGAUUUUAUCAAACGUCAAUUGACCGGAAAAAUGCCUGUAAAUGAUGUGAGUGAUUUACUUCUAGGAAA